AACGUACUACAUUGCUGCAAAAUGGCAACAACAUAUAUUGAAUUAACGCUGCGGGAGUUGUUGCAAAUCGCUUUGGGUAGCCCGAAAAUUUCCAGUGUUCACUUGUCUUUGUUACAAAGUUUCUUUGACAUACUACUAAGGAAGUUAGAUUCACGAACUGAGAGGAUUGAAAUCGACGGAAAGAUGAGCACCUGCUUGCAAGGAAUUCUAAGAGAUAGCCGCAUAUCACCGUUUCGUUUUGAAUGCGUCAAAGUCGAAACAUUCUCCGAGAAUUUUGCAAAAGUGGAACAGCUUAAAGAACAUAUUGGUAUACUGGAAGACAAACUAAUGGCCCACUUCAAGCAAAUACGACAUGACGAAGGUACACAGAGCACACAUUACAGCUUGAGCAAUUUCGAAAAGUUUGCCGAGGCUUGCGAGAGCUUUUGUUUCUGUCCCAAAGCUGAGGACGAGAUUUCGUGCAAAUUAAUAACAAAUCCACAUUUCAUUGUACAUCUCAUUGAUAGCGCCAUAACCCCGCUGCUCAACGAAAUGGAUAGCAGACGUAAAAGACUUAGUGACCUGCAUGCAAAGUUUGUCGAUUUGAAAGAUCGUCUGAAUAAGGAGCUUGAUGAAUUGAAUGAGAAUUACAAUCGCUGCAUAAUCACUGAGAAAUUGCGUGAAGAAUUUGAAAGUGAUAAGAUCACACUUGAGAUGACAAAGACUGAAAUACGUAACAUGUUGUUAGCUAAAUUGGAUAAAACCGAGGUGGCAUUUAUCAAGCGAAAAUUCCACGAACAGCUGAGAAAAAUAGAUAGAGAAUGGAAUAAAAUAAUAGCAUUACUCAAACGAAAAAGUGAAGUGAAAAAAGUUAUUGCCCCAAAUCAAUGCAUCUCAUGCCUGGGACCAAUCCAUUGUGCCGUGGAACCUGCUAAACCGGUACCACUAAAAAAAUGCGCUGAGGAAAAAAACAGUGAAGGACGAAAGGAAAAGAAACGUUACAAAAUCAAAAUAUGUCCAAAGUUAAUUCUUGAUGAACAUCAAAAGCACAAGAAGACAGUCUAA